AUUGGGGGAGCAUUCAUUAAACAGUUUGAGACAUACAUUUUUCAUUUGGAAUUACCAAACUAAUAUUAAUUUCCAAAGGUGAACAACCGUGUCAAACAAAACAACGACCGCAAAAUGUCAGGGUUUAGAAUUUUAGUUGGCUGCAAACGUGUAAUUGACUAUGCCGUGAAAGUUCGUGUGAAGCCAGAUAAAACUGGAGUUGUGACUGAAGGGGUUAAACACAGCAUGAAUCCAUUUGAUGAAAUUGCUCUGGAGGAAGCAGUUCGAAUGAAGGAGAAAAAACUAGCAUCGGAAAUUGUUGCCGUUUCUUGUGGUCCUCAACAGUGUCAGGAAACCUUAAGGACGGCACUUGCAAUGGGUGUGGACCGGGCUAUUCAUGUUGUAACAGAACCAAAAGAAUAUGAAACACUACAGCCAAUCCAUGUCUCAAAAAUUCUGUCAAAGAUUGUCACAGAGGAGAAAAUUGAUCUUGUGAUACUUGGUAAACAGGCUAUUGAUGAUGAUUGUAAUCAAACAGGACAAAUGACAGCAGCUUUGCUGGACUGGCCCCAGGCAACCUUCGCAUCAAAAGUAGAGAAGUCAAAUGGUGAUCUAAUAGUAACGAGGGAAAUUGAUGGUGGUCUAGAAACUAUCAAAGUAAAAGCACCGGCAAUUCUGACAGCUGAUUUAAGGUUAAAUGAACCUAGAUAUGCCACACUUCCCAAUAUCAUGAAAGCAAAGAAAAAGCCUUUAGUCACAAAGAAACCUUCAGAUUAUGGUGUAGACACAUCUCCUAGACUGGAAGUGAUUAGUGUGGAGGAUCCACCUGUUAGACAGGCCGGACAAAAAGUGGAGUCAGUGGAAGAACUAGUGGGGAAACUGAAGGAGACGGGGCUAGCAUGAUGUCAUAACAAAAGCUCAGAUGAUGUAUAGUAAGGAAAGAAAUAUUAUGCAGCGUUAUAACCAGGCUUGUGGACCAAGGAAAAUCAUUUAUUAAUGAAUUACUCUGAACUGUUUUGUAGACUGAAUGUUAACACUCUACAAAAGUUGCAUAAUAUGUAAAAACAAUACAAGGUUCAAUGUGGGACUAUUAGAACUUUCUAAUAGUGUUAAAGGGCAUGUCAAUAUGUGGUAUAUUUAAUUUGUAAUGAAAUGAAGAAAAAUUAAAAUAAAAUGUUCAGUUUA